AUGCGCUACUCCCUCCUCCCCCUUCUUGGCCUUGCCUCCGUCCCGGCCCUUGGAGGCUGUCCCUUCGCACACACUGCGAAUAUGGACGUUGAUGACAUGGUGAAGGCACACGCUCGCAUGUCCCGAGGGUUGGUGGCAUCCAAGAGCAGCCCCUCAACUGUUCCUACCUCCUCUACUACCCCUACCGUCGGCAAGAAGGGCGUGUUCAUGAUGAACCGCAUUGCGCCUGGGACCUCUGAACUAUACAUUGCCAACACAGACGGCAGCAAUGAGCGUCCACUCCUCUCUGACCCCGUCUUCGAGUACCACGCCUCCUUCUCUCCAGACGGAGAAUGGAUUACUUUCACCAGCGAGCGUAAUGGCGACGGUAACUCUGACAUCUACCGGGUGCGGACCAAUGGCUCUGAUCUGCAGGAGCUGGUCGCCACCCCAGCAGUGGAAGACUCCGUCGUGAUCUCUCCCAACGGCCGUCUGGCAGCCUACGUCUCCACCGCCAACAACAUGAAGGCAAACAUCUGGGUCCUCGACCUGCAGACCGGCGCGCAGUGGAACCUCACCAACACUCCCAGCACUGCCGCCAACUCCUCCCUCGUGGAGAGCUAUCUCCGCCCUGCCUGGUCCCCCGAUGGCGAAUGGAUCGCCUUCUCUUCGGACCGCAACACCCAAUGGGACGGACACGGCGAGCCGACCUUCCUCGGCCGCACAGGCUGGGAGACGACACAAGAGCUCUCCCUUUACGCCAUCCGUCCCAACGGCUCCGACUUCCGCCAGAUCAUUUCCAAGCCAUACUACUCGCUGGGAUCUCCCAAGUGGUCCGCCGACGGUAAACGCAUCGUCUACUACGAAAUGACCCGGGAAGAUACCUACAACGCCCACCGUCCGGAAACCAUCACCACGGCCAACUCAACCAUCAUGUCGGUCGAUUUCGCCACCGGCACCGAUGUGCGUGUUGAAGUCGCCGGCUCGGGCGUCAAGCAAUUCCCGCAGUACCUAGAUAGGAACGGCACCAUCGCCUACACCCUCAAGGGCGGCACCAGCGAGGGCUUCUACACCACCGCAGGACUGUACGUCAACACGACCUCAGCGACCCUCCGGUCCCCGGCGUGGUCUCCCGACGGCAAACAAGUAGUCUACGAAAAGACCACCUGGAGCAUCCGCGCGGGAUACAAGAAGCUGUACAGCUGGGACAGCGACUGGGACUACCGGUUCACGGACGUCUUCCCUCAGAUCUCGCACCAGGAGCGCAUCGCAAUCACCCAGAAGCAGCUAGGAAACUCGUCCAUCGUGACGCUGAACACGACCGGCGCUGACCUGCAACUUGUCUACGACCCCAGCACGGCAGACUUCGUCAGCGACAACGAAACCACAGGUCUGAGCGCCUACCAGCCCAGCUGGUCCCCAUGCGGCGAGUGGCUCGUCUUCGGCGUGUGA